AUGGAGGCCGAGAUAAAGGCCACAAUCCCCAACAUCGACCCUGUGGUCUCGGAGUACUCGGUGGGCUACCUGAACCAUGCCUCGCUGGCCUGGUCAGACGAAAGUGGUGAGGGCGCAGAGGCCGUUUCGCCCCUCGCCGAAGCUGCGUACACCAUCACCGAGCUGCUGAUCUCAGCCUCCGAGAAAUCCGACACCAGGUUCCAGGACAAGAUCAAGGCUCUCGUCGAGAAAUGGGUCGAAAAGUACGCCGUCGCCAACGGCGGCGAACGCCACGGGCCGCUGGCCAUCCGCCGCCUGGACCAGACCAUUCAGGUCAGUACGCAGCGCAACAUGUCGUCGACUCUGGCCGUUGCCAGCGGCGGCGUCGAUCUCGAGUCCGCCAACGCCCGCAAGGUCGAGUCCAAGGUCGACCGCAAGAAGCUCGAAAAGGCCGAGCGCAAGAUUGCCGCCAAGCAGCAGAAGAAGGUGUACAAGAAUGUCGAGUACGAGGCCUCGAAGCUGCUGGAUAUGGGCGAAGACGCGCAAUCGUACGAGGAGUUCUACAUGGCCGUCAACCCGCUCCAGAUCGGCAACGCCGGCGCCAACAAGACCAAGGACAUCAAGCUCGACAACAUCGAUGUCUCGAUCGGAGCUCAGCGCAUCCUCACCGACACUACCCUUACCCUCGCUUACGGUCAUCGGUAUGGUCUGGUUGGUAACAACGGUGUCGGUAAAUCUACUCUUUUGCGUGCCUUGUCGAGGCGUGAGGUUGCCAUUCCUACCCAUAUUUCCAUUCUCCACGUUGAACAAGAACUUACCGGCGACGAUACCUCUGCGAUCCAGGCUGUUUUGGACGCUGAUGUUUGGCGCAAGGUCCUGAUGAGAGAGCAAGAUGAGCUCACAACCGCCCUGGCUGAGCUGGAAAUCAAGCGAGCACCUCUUGCCGAUACAUCGGCAGAUGCUGCCAAGCUUGAUCUCGAAAAGGAAACCAUGGAUACGAAGCUAGGCGAUGUUCAGGGCAAGCUUGCCGAAAUGGAGUCCGACAAGGCCGAGUCGCGUGCUGCCAGUAUUCUUGCUGGUCUCGGCUUCUCCCCCGAGCGUCAGCAGUUUGCGACCAAGACAUUCUCUGGUGGUUGGCGUAUGCGUCUGGCUCUUGCACGAGCCCUGUUCUGCGAGCCUGAUCUGCUGCUUCUCGACGAACCGUCCAACAUGUUGGACGUCCCAUCCAUUACCUUCCUUUCCGGAUAUCUCCAAAAUUACCCCAGCACGGUCUUCGUCGUCUCCCACGACAGAGCGUUCCUCAACGAGGUCGCUACAGAUAUUGUCCACCAGCACUCCGAGCGUCUCGACUACUACAGAGGAGCCAACUUUGACUCCUUCUACGCUACUCGCGAAGAGCGCAAGAAGAUUGCCAAGAAGGAGUACGAGAACCAGAUGGCGUACCGUGCGCAUCUGCAGGCUUUCAUUGACAAGUUCCGAUACAACGCCGCCAAGUCCUCCGAGGCGCAGUCUCGCAUCAAGAAGCUCGAGAAGCUCCCUGUAUUGGAGGCACCCGAAGCCGAGUACAGCGUUAAGUUUGUUUUCCCUGAUGUGGAGAAGCUGUCGCCUCCCAUCAUCCAAAUGUCCGAGGUCACUUUCGGUUACUCCCAAGACAAAGUCCUGCUGCGUAACGUGGAUCUCGACGUCCAGCUAGACUCUCGUAUUGGUAUCGUUGGGCCCAACGGUGCAGGUAAGACUACUGUCCUAAAGCUGCUCAUCGGCAAGCUGCAGGCACUCAGCGGUAUCAUCUCGGCCAACUCGCGCCUGCGCAUUGGCUUCUUUGCACAGCAUCAUAUUGACGCCCUUGACCUCACGGUCAGCGCCGUGUCCUUUAUGGCCAAGAACUACCCUGGCAGGUCGGAUGAGGAGUACCGCCGCCAGCUUGGCGCGUUUGGUAUCACCGGCACGACCGGUCUGCAAAAAAUGGCCCAGCUUUCUGGAGGUCAGAAGUCGAGAGUAGCGUUUGCGUGCCUGGCCCUGACGAACCCGCACAUUCUCGUUCUUGACGAACCUUCUAAUCAUCUUGAUAUCGAGGCCAUGGACGCGCUGGCCGAAGCGCUCAAUGCCUUCCAGGGCGGUGUGCUUAUGGUUUCUCACGACGUGACGAUGCUGCAGAUGGUGUGCACAUCGUUGUGGGUAUGUGACGGUGGCACAGUAGAGAAGUUUGAUGGCGACGUGAACCAGUACAAGAAGAGAAUUGCAUCGCAGGCCGAUGCAGCCGGUGUUGUGAAGCAGCACUGA